AUUUCUCGCUUCGAUAUUAAUCCUGCCCUUAAGGAUCGAUUUCUACAUAACUCAGCUACAGCACCUAUCCAACUAUAGCCAUCAUGUCUCUCGCAACUGUCGACGUUUCCCAACACCCCUACCUCCCGUCCGCAUCGGAGACCCUCUUCAAAGCGAAGGCCACCAAAAAGUUGAGCUUCGAGCAAAUUGCCCAACAUAUUGGCCGCAAUGAAGUGGCCGCCGCCGCCAUCUUCUACGGCCAAGCCAAGGCCUCCCCCGAAGACAUUGAGAAGCUCGCAUCGCUCCUCGACAUUCCGCGCGACCUGCUCGAAGAAAAGCUCAGUGGUUUCCCCGACCGUGGUCGUACCGUCGAGAUGCCUCCCAAGGAGCCGCUAAUCUACCGCUUGUACGAGAUUGUGCAGAACUAUGGGUAUGCGUACAAGGCUGUGUUGAAUGAGAAGUUCGGCGAUGGUAUCAUGAGCGCUAUCUCCUUCUCAACCAAGGUGGAGAAGGAGACGGAUCAAGAUGGGAAUAACUGGGCUGUGAUCACACUGCGUGGAAAGUGGCUGCCGUUUUCGAGGUUCUAAGCGAAUAAGUGUCGGGAUGAGGGGGUAGAUAAUUCUGUAGAUGAUGUUUAUGAAAACCUCUUGCUGUCUCCCAUCUGUCAGUAGUGAGUUAUUGGUAGGAAACGGUCGGUAGUUUCUGCGGUCUUCACUUUAGGAUUGAAUGCUUGACUCAGUGAUCUUAU